AUGGACCAAUGGUUAAAUGCUUGUGUAGCCGGUGAACGAGCAUAUACAAUAAUAAAAGGUACUCGUUUUCAAAAGAAAAAAAGUAAAAAAGCAGCUAAAAUAAUAAUUAUUAUUCUUAUUAUUGUUAUCAUAAGUACAUCGAUUUAUGAUCCGUUUUAUCGACGUUUAAUAGAUGAAGAAAAUGAUGAUGAAAUAAGAAUAUGGUGUAUUAUUACUUAUUCAUCUAGUUUAAAAACAUUUCAGUCUGCAAUACACGGUUUUCAUUUUAAUGCUCCAUUCGUAAUAAAUUUAGUAUCAUCUAUUGUUUUAAUAACAAGAAAAUCUCGUCAACAAUCAAAUUUACGUACUGAUCGAACUUACUAUCAACUUUUACGACAACAAUUACGUGAACAUAAAAAUUUAUUAAUUGCUCCAGUUAUAUUAGUCAUUCUUGCAUUACCACGUUUAAUAAUAUCUUAUGUAUCGAAUUGUAUGAAAUCAGCGAGUAAUCCAUGGAUAUAUCUUAUUCUAUAUUUUAUUUCAUUUAUUCCACCGAUGCUUACUUUUAUUAUAUAUGUAUUACCAUCGAAAUUUUAUAAACAAGAAUUUAAUAAGACUAUUGAACGAUAUCGAACUAACAUACGAAGACGUUUACAGGUUGUUUGA